AUCCUAAUGGGUCUGUGAUCCUCUUGAAUCCAUCCAUCUUCUCAUUCAUGCUUUUUCUAGUUCCAGUGACAUGUGAUCUAUAAAGUGUGUUUCUCUGUUUCACACGCAAGAUUGACUGCCAUCCUUCCUCUCCUAGUGAGCCUCUCAGUUCUUGUCCUGACCGUAAAAGAAGAUGAGUAACGUGAGCUACUCAGUCGACCACAUUUGCCACAGGAUUUGUUUGUCCUAAAUCGCACACACUCUCCGGCUCUCGAAAUCUCUUCUGCCACCGCUCAUGAUCUUUACCUUCCGAUCCACAAGUGUUUCCUGAGACAAAUAUAAGCCAAGGCAAAAGGACUACCUUUUGAGAUAGUUGUUGGGGGAGUGAGGGAGUGGGUGAGCCAACCCAAAAGGAGUGGAAGGGGAUGGGGAACUCACUGGGGUGCUCGGCCUCUGGGGAGAGGCUGGUGUCGGCGGCGAGGGACGGUGACCUGGUGGAGGCGCGGAUGCUGCUGGAGUUCAACCCCGGCCUCGCCAAGUACUCCACCUUCCGUGGCCUCAACUCCCCGCUCCAUUUCGCUGCCGCCAAGGGCCACAACGAGAUCGUCACGCUGCUGCUGGAGAACGGCGCCGACGUGAAUCUAAGAAACUAUUGUGGCCAAACAGCGUUGAUGCAAGCGUCCCGGCACGGGCACUGGGAGGUGGUGCAGACUCUGGUCAUCUUCAGAAGCAUUGUUACACGAGCGGACUACUUGAGCGGCCGCACAGCCCUGCACUUCGCGGCGUUCGGCGGGCAUGUCCGGUGCAUCAGGUUGUUGGUUGCAGAUUUCAUUCCAAGUGCUCCCUAUGAAGUGAUUGGUUCUGUCAAGGACGGCAGGGGCAAAGGGAACAGCAAAGGAAGCAGCCCAGAUUCUUCCCUUGACAGUAAACAUGAUCGGUUUGCUCUGCUGAAGUUCGUCGACAAGCCUGCUGAUGGAGGUGUCACGGCUCUGCACAUGGCAGCCCUUAAUGGUUACUUCGAUUGCUUACAGCUCUUACUGGAUUUAGGUGCCAAUGUCUCAGCAGUUACAUUUCAUUAUGGUGUGUCAGAUAAUUCGAUAGGAGCUGGAAGCACUCUUUUGCAUUUUGCUGCUUGUGGUGGGAAUCUCAAAUGUUGCCAGAUGCUUCUUGCGAGAGGUGCUAGCAGGUUGACAUUGAACUGCAAUGGGUGGCUUCCACUUGAUGUUGCAAAGAUAUGGGGACGUCGUUGCUUGGAGCCAUUACUGAACCCCAAUUCUGAAUUGACUGUACCCAUAUUUCCACUAUCAAAUUAUCUUUCGUUACCACUUAUGAGCCUACUUAACAUAGCAAGAGAGUCUGGGUUGCAUUCCUCGAUUGACUCUGAUGACAAUGAUCUUUGUGCUGUUUGCCUUGAACGGGCCUGCAGUGUAGCUGCAGAAGGCUGUGGCCAUGAACUCUGCUUAAGGUGCGCUCUCUACCUUUGUUCGGCCAGCAACACUCCAUCUCAAAUUGCCAGCCCACCGGGAUCAAUUGCAUGCCCUCUCUGCCGAAAUGGCAUCGUCUCUUUCGUCAGAUUACCCGGAACACCUGCGAAGGGGCUCAAACCAAACCUAGCACUCAGCCUCUGCAACCCCUGCAUUCUACCACCCCGUGCUGUCGAUAUUCCUGCCACGAGUUGUCGAACAGAGGUUCGAAGGAAUCGGGUGGCUGCAGUGUCAUCAGAGCUUAUCUGCCCACUCGCUUGCACCCCCUUCCCCUCUGCCAUCCCUACCUGCGCCACCUGCAAUGGCGACCCAUUCCCAUCAAAUGAAUCCCAGGGAGAAGUUCAAUCACAAAGGCUUCCUCACUCUUCGCAUGCUACACCCGGUGAGCUGGAGAAGAUGGAAGAGCCAAGGGUAGACGCAAGUUGCUCAGGUAUGUUCUGGAGUCGAAGAAGUUGCCACAGAGAGCAUCAGUGCAACUCAGAGAUAGAUUCUUAGCUUCUUACACGGUUUAUACGAUGGCACUGAGGUUCCUGUAGGCGUGUGGAUGUUGUAUCCAUUGCAUGGUUGUAAGAGUUCAUGACCUACCGCGAUCUAAACGAUCUUUCAGCCAUACAUUUUUGGGUGUAACACGUGACAAACAUUUCUAAGAACAAGUGUCCGUUUGGAUUCCAA